AUGCGCCAGUGUUUAGAUAAACGUAAUCGCUGCCAACCUAGCCUGUCCCGUCCCGUAGCACUGGUCAUUAUACUUCUGGCGCUGAGUGAAGUCAGUCAAGUGUUUAUUGUUUUUUUGCGGUUUUUCGUCGGGCGACAUAUCGAUUGUAAAGGCUGCUACACACAGUGCCGCCGUACAGCCGGCGGCAUACAAAGCCGCCGGCCUUGCCGCGCAAAGGAGCCGCCGUGGUGUGCCGGCGGGUUACGCGGCUUGCCGGCGUCACUUCGUUCCUGGCAUUCGAGCGGUAGUGUUGUGCGGUUUGUGUAUUUAAGCAAAUUAAAAUGUCGUUUAAUUGGGACGACGAAGCUGUGCUGCUCUUAAUUGAAAAAUUUCAUGAAAAUGAUAUAUUAUGAAAUCCCAGAAAUGCAGCACUUCACUAGCUUUCUAUGUGACUGUCACAACCGGAAUGGUGCUUGACGGCUUGUGCCGGCGGCAUAGCCGCUCGGCAUAAACCCGGCGGCAUUGCCGCCGGCACUGUGUGUAGCAGCUUUAAGAAUGAGCCGUAAGCGUAAAUUGCAGAAGAAAGAGUUUGAGAACUUGAAGAAAAAGGUGAGGAAACUGGAACGUUCAUUGAAGUUGACACUUCUAGGAACCGCAUCCGCUAUGGCAACAGAUUACCCUGGGAGCAGCAGUUUUGUCAGGCAGAUAUACACCAAAAAGGGCAUAACAAGAGAUACCCUAGAGGUUCUACUCGCCUCUCUGAGCACCAACACUCUGAAACAAUAUAACUGUACAUUUGGUAAAUGGUAG